AUGUCUACAACUAUGCAGCGAGGGGGUAUCGGUAGAAGCAUCAAUUCGAGAGGGUUCAGAGACAUUUCAAGCAGCUCCAUCAGAACAGCUGCUGAUGGUGAUAGUCAUGUUGGUUCACAAGCAAGCAUUUGUAAUGUUGGUCCACAAGUCAAUAUCAUCCAUUAUGCUGAUGAAAAUGUAAUUGACGUUGACUGUAAAGAUGAAUCGUCGGACAGUACGAUGACUGUUCAGAUAUCUAACGAACGGCUUACAGACGCUGAUUUAGCCACACCACAUACAAAUAUUAAGCUCCAAUCAAAUUCUGAAGACACAAAGGGAUACAGUGAAUGCAAAACAGAAGAUGCAGAAACCAAACUUUGUGAAAAAAACGAAGACGACUCAACACCUACAUUAACUAAAGAAUUCAAUAAUUACAUUUUAAAUAAAGAAGAACAAAAGAUGGAUGCAGAUCAAAGCAGCAAUAACUAUCAGCAUGAUCUAUGUUUAACAAAUUACAAUAACACGAAUACUCACACAUGGAAAAUAGAUCCGUGUGCAUGGGAGAGAUGUCUUGGGGAACAAUUCAAUGAAGCUACAGCCAUGAGCCUUACAACAAGUUGGGUAAAAUCUUCAGGGUUCCAAACGGAGACAUCUCUCAUGGAAAACAUUCCUUGUGUAGCAUUAUAUGUUCAAAUUAAGGGUUUGAUUCCAUUUCAAGAAAAAUCAUUCGACAAAACUGUCGUUGGAUACCCUUUCGAUGUAAGAGAAGGCGUGUUCUGUCUUUGUGGUAAACCUGGUGACUUACAUCAAAAGGUUAAAAUGGGAUGCGAAAUUGACAGCGGAUAUGGUACCAAACAAGGAACGAUAGGGCCUUUUGUCCAGUUACAAAAUCACACGGAAACGUACUUCCUAACAAGUGUGCAUGUUGCUCUUGACAAUAGGCAAAUGGAGGCGUUAACGAAAAGUCGUCACGAUUACAUAUACUACGGUUUCGCUGGUAACAAUACUUUCCAACCACCUGAAUCAAACACAGUAGGCGAUACCAGCAUUAGACAUCACCUUGGCAAAAUUAAACUGGCCGUCUAUAAAGAAGGUAACAAAGACGAAGGUGGAAUGGAGUUGGCAUUGGUACAAACCAAUAGAGAUCGAGAGCCCGAUGAUGGCUAUUUUCCAGAUGAUAUCUUCCGUCCGCUUACAGGUUACCGUUUCCAUUUUUCAUCUGGGAGAAUUCUCGAAAAGACACAGCUAGAGAAUGCAAUGUUCUUUUUGUACAAAUUUGGUUGUUCUAGCGGUUUAACUGAAGGACGAUAUGUUGAUCACUGUACAUCAGUUAGAACAAAUAAACUUGAAGAAAGAGGAAAAGGUGUAGAUAUUACUUUGUUUAACCAAACUCAAAUCGAAAAUAGUCUUAACUCAAAACCGUUUGCAACGCAAGGGGAUUCUGGCUCUCUUGUUUUUGCUUUUCAUGGUAGAGAUACACGAGCAGUGAGCAUAUUUGAAGGUAAAAUGGAUCAUUAUUAUAUGGCUACCCCCAUCGAAGAUGCUGUUAGUGUUAUCAGUAAAUGCUUAUCACAAUUUAAAGGUCAACAAAGGUCAUCCGGAGAAGAAAUGGAAGUUGAAAUGAAUCAUAACACCUGA